GAGCUCGCAGCUUCCAUUUGGUAAUGAUCUUGCCCGCGCGGUACGUCGCUUCUCCUUAACGUGCGCACGCCGCGACCGAUCAAGUGCUCAAAACGGCCUGAAGAACUCGCGGGGCGCUUAAGUUCUGCGCGAACUUCUUGAGGGUCGUCACUUGACCGGUGGACUUGGACGCGCGAAGUAGUGAAGAGUGAUCAUGGGAGACAUAAUUGUGAGCGGUCCUGCGGGACGACCCAGCAGUGUGGUGAACUUUUACAAGGACUCUGUGGUGUUGAUAACCGGAGGGACCGGGUUUAUCGGAAAAGUGUUGAUCGAGAAGAUACUGCGGUGUUUCGAAGUGAAACGGAUUUAUCUGCUGCUGCGUGAGAAGCGCAAUGUGAAGGCGGCGGACCGGUUGAAGGAGAUCUUCCAGGAACCGCUGUUCGAUACCAUCCGGAACAAUCACCGGGAUCCGGCGGGCACCUUCGCCAAAGUGGUCGCGAUCAAUACCAACUUUACGCAGGACCAGAUCAUCAGCGAGACUGAUCGCGAGUUGCUCCUGUCGGAGGUCACCGUCGUGCUAAACGUGAUGGCCUCGGUCAAGUUCAACGAGUGCAUCGAGGCUGCCCUGGAGACCAACGUCAUCUGCUCCCGGAAGCUGUUCGACAUGGCCUCCCGCAUGAAACACCUCAAGUCGAUCGUGCACGUGUCCACGUUCUACUCAACCUGCGAUCGGUCCGACAUCAAGGAACAAAUUUCAAACGACAUCCCGUUCGGUGGUCACGACAACAUCCUUCAAAUCCUUAGCCACCUCCAAGAACAAGAAAAGGUCCAGCUUACUCCGCUGAUCCUCGGCAAAAUGCCCAACAGUUACACGUUCAGCAAAAAGUGCGCUGAAGUGAUGAUCCAGAACCACUACAACCACCUCCCGAUCGCCAUCUUUCGGCCACCGAUCGUCGUGUCCGCGUACCAGGAACCCAUCCCCGGCUGGGUGGACAACUUCAACGGCCUGUCCGGGAUGUGCGUGGCGCUGAUCCAAGGUCGCGUUUACCGUGGGUACGGAGAUCCCAGCUACCGGUGUCACACGGUUCCGGUGGAUUACUGCGUGUCGGCGCUGCUGACCGUGGCGGCAGAGGCCGCUGCAGAAAGGGCAGAGAUCCCGGAGCAGCGCAAAGUUCCAGUGAUUAACUUUGCCACUGACGCGAAUACCAUGCUGUGGGGCGAGUUUGGACGAGAGGCUGCGGCUGGGUGUGAGACGGUGCUGGGACGGUUUUUUGGACGUUACGCCCUGGGAGUGACCACUUCCCGUUUCGUGCAUCGACUGUUCGUUUGGUGGUUCAUCUUGCAGGCUGCCUUCGCCGACCUGAUGCUGGUCUUAGUGGGAAAGAAACGAAAACAUCUGUGCAUGGUGAACCGGAUUAUGGCCCUGGAGGAGGCGGCUUGCCACUUUUCGCAGCACUCGUGGAGCGCCGAAAAUGCAAACAUGCGCGCAAUUUGGGCCAAUCUGAGCGCUGAAGACCGGAAGGUGCUUCCGUUCGACAUCGAUUCGCUGGACUGGAAGGACUACUUCCGGCACUUUUUGCCGGGUAUCAAGGCCGCGCUGGAACGGUGUCUCCAGAGGAGGAAAAGUAAAUGCGCUUGAACGGGUGGACCUGAUGAUGCACUUUGAAGUGUUAUACAAAAAAUAUAUUUAGCAAGUUGAAAGGGUCUGCAUUGGUUGUAAACUGAUUAAGAUCAAAAUAAAUGUCUUUUUAAAUAUUCCAA